CCUGCGGAACGCUAUGUUACGGAGCGACUCCCUGGAGAACAUGAAGAAGUACGUGUCGAACUACAACAUCCUCGACGGGCCGAAGAAGGCGCCGGCGACGGUGCGCUUCACGCGCGACGCGAACAUCGAGAUCAUCCGCGUCUCCAACGGCGACGACGACGUCGACUUCUUCGGCACGCCCGUGGCGCCCGACGGCCCCGGCCCCGGCGCCCGCGAGGCGCCGGCGGAGGCCGCGGCGCCGGCGCGCGCCGACGACAAGCUCCGGGCGACGGCCUUCGGCCGGCUCCUCGAGGACGAGCGCCGCGCCGCCGCGCCGCCGGCCGCCGGCGACGGCGCGCGCGACGGCGAGCGCGCGCGCGGCGGCGACGGCGGCGGCGACGACGGCGCGAGCUCCGACGACGGGAGCGUGGCGCGCUCCGACGACGGGAGCGUGGCGCUCAGCAUCGCGUCGACGGCCGCGGACUCGCAAAGCGCCGAAAACCGCCGCGAGAUGAUGACCGUCCGCGUGCGCCGCGCCGACGGCCGCGUGCGGCGGACGCUGCGCGUGCCCCAGUCGACGGACCUCGAGCUCCUCGUCGCGUCCGUCGCGCGCGAGGAGGGCGUCGCCGCCGCGCGGUGCCGCGUCAAGCCCCGCGACGGGCAGCCGCGGCCGCGGCCGCGGCCGCCGCGCGCGGCCGCGGCCGGCGCGGACGCCGCGCGGCGCCGCGCGCGGACGGCAUUCGAGCGCCGCGCGCUCGGCCUGCUCUGCGUCGUCGCCGCGGUGGUCGCGCUCCUCGCCGGCGGGCUCCGGCGGGCGCCGCCGCGCGGCGGCGACGUCGUCGCGCUGGGCGAGGCGCGGUCCGAGCUCGAGGCGCUCCACGCGGAGAUCACCGCGGCGCGCGACGAGCUCCGCGACGCGCGCGACGAGAUCAAGCGCCUCUCGAAGCAGAUGCAGGCCGCCGUCCGCGAGGCCCGGCGCGCGGCCGGCGGCGCCGAGCCGCGGCCGCGCCGCGCGAACCCGCUCCUCAACGUCGUCACGCUCGGCGCCGCGGGCCGCCGACAGCGGCGGCGACGCGGCGACUAGCCCGCCGCGAGGAGCCUAGCCCGUCUCGAGUUUAGCAUCAUUGCCUCUCGAGGCGCACCGUGAAUCGCGGAACUCGCUUCUCGAUGAAGUCUCGCGAGACCACCUCAUACCCUUGCUGGAGCGAGCCGUCUUUCCUGGUGCCGCCGUAGCGGUAGGUCACCGUGCGCGCGUUCAGGUCCGCGCUUUCGAGAAUCAUCGAAUCGCCGACCCGUC